GAAAAACGAAAGAAAAGUUGACUACUUGGGAAGCUAGAUUAGAGGACCACAAAUUCAGCCAGGUGUGGUAGUCCACAUGAUAUCCACACCUUUAAUCCCAGCACUCAGGAGGCAGAGGCAAGAGAGAAUCUCUGUGAGUUCAAGGUCAGCCUGGGCUACAGAGUGAGUUCCAGGAUUGCAGACAGCCACUGUCUUUAAAAAAACUCUCCUUGCAGCGGCGGCCGCGGGUGCAGAGUCGGAGCUGCGGCGGCACUAGUCAUGGCUGGACAGGCUUUCAGAAAGUUUCUCCCGCUCUUUGACAGAGUACUGGUUGAAAGGAGUGCCGCCGAAACCGUGACCAAAGGUGGCAUCAUGCUUCCGGAAAAGUCUCAAGGAAAAGUAUUGCAAGCCACAGUAGUGGCUGUGGGAUCAGGCGCCAAAGGCAAGGGUGGAGAGAUUCAGCCAGUCAGUGUGAAAGUCGGAGACAAAGUUCUUCUCCCAGAAUAUGGAGGCACCAAAGUAGUUCUAGACGACAAGGAUUACUUCUUAUUUAGAGAUGGUGACAUUCUUGGAAAGUAUGUGGAAUGAAAUCACUGUUGAAAUGGUGUCACAUGAAGCUGCCCAUUCCGCUGACGGUCUGAACUAUUCAUCAUGUAAAUAAUUUCCAUGCCUCCCUUUUAUAAUAAACUGAUGAUGCCCAAACUAAUGACAAAAAAAAAAAGGGUGAAGAGAUGGGACUGGAGAUAGCUCAGAAGUUAUGAGUACUUACUGCUUUUGCAGAAGACACAGGUUCUGUUUCCAACUUCCCCAGGGCAGCUUAAAACAGCCUCUAAGUCCAGUUCCAGGGGAUCUGGUGCCCUCUUCUGACCUCCAUGGGCACCAGGCAUGCACUCAGAGCACUUAACAUAUACACAAGCAAAACACUCAUAUACAUAAAAUAAAACAAAAAUUUUUUUUUUUUUAAAGAAAGAGCUAGAUGUAGUGUUGCAUACUCCUUUAAUCCCAAUGCUUAGAAGACAGAGGCAGGAGGAUCGCUGAGUUCCAGGUCAGCCUGGUCUACAGAGCAAGUUCUAUGCUAGCUGGGGCUACAUAGUGAGAUCUUUUCUCAAAAACAACAAAAAGAGAGAGAGAGAGAGAGAGAGAGAGAGAGAGAGGAGGAGGAGGAAGAAGGGGGGAGGGAGGGAGCGAGGAGUCAAGGGAGGAUGGACGGAAGUCAGUUUGGACUAGUGACUGGGGACUGGGGUAAACACAGCCUUAAAGGUCUAUAUUUAGCUUUAAUCGAGCACUCAGAAGGCAGAAGGAGGUCGAUCUCUGGGUUCAAGGCCAGCCUGGUCUACGUAGUAAGGUCCAGAACAUCCAAAGAUACAAAAUAGAGAGACCUCAUCUCUCUCUCUCUCUCUCUCUCUCUCUCUCUCUCUCUCUCUCUCUCUCUCUCUCUCUCUCAUACACACACACUCAAAAAAAAAGUCUAUUUAGGUCAUGUCAAAUUUUGGCAUAUUUCUCAGCAGCUGUUCAGAUCUCUCCUUUACGAAAACAUGUGGCGCCAUGGACUACAUGCAUUGCAGGAGAUAGAGCCUGCAGGCAAGGCGCCUGGUUAGGAGGCUAAUACAGUGGUCAGCAUGAGAAACACCACGGAAAAGCAACAGACAACUAGAGGAGAAUGUGGGGCACUGUGGAUAACAAGUCUUGAGAAAUGAUUUUGUUCUCUCCUGCACUAAUAUGGAGCAAAUACACAAUAUACUCAGGCACACACACACACACAUUUAAAUAUUUAAAAACUUUAGAUUGUAUGUAUGAUAUGUAUGAUGUGUAUGUAUACAUGUGUGCCAUGUGCACGUCUGGUGCCCUCACAGGUCAGAUGGCAUUGGAUCUCCUGGGACUGGAGUUUCUGAUUGUUGGAAACUGCCAUGUGGGUGCUGGGAACCAAAUCUGACUCUUCACCGGGAGCAGCCAGUACCCUUUACCCCCAAGCCAACUCUCCAGCCCUAGUUUUCUUUCCUUAAAAAAAAAAAGUCUGUGAAAACUCGUGAAGACACUGACCUGACAAGGAGAGGCCCUGCUGCUUUGCCGGUUGUGUGCUUGGGUGAAGUAAUUACUGCUUCUGAGUUUUGGGUCAUAACUGGAAAACGAGGUCACUAAUAAUCAACAUCUUAGGACCACUGUUAGUAUUAAAUAAGCCAUGUUAAGUGGCCUAACACUGGGAGAUUAUAGGUGCUCAGUAACUGCACAUCUCCCUACCCCACUCAUCUCUCUUAUUUGGUGUUUCUCUGAACUUUCUGAAAUUCACUGCCUCCAGUGGACAACUUAACUCUCAAUUCAAUUUAAGUCAUUUUGUUGUUUUGUUUUGUUUGGGGGGGGUUCCUCCCCCAACAUGGUAUCUCUGUGCAACUCUGGCUAUCCUAGAACUAGCUCUGUAGACCAGGCUAACCUCCAAACUCAGUGAUCCCCGUGCCUCUGCCUCCCAAGUGCUGGAAUUAAUUUCAAUGGUCACCUUAACUCUAGGAUCAUUACAUUUUAUUGGUCCACAACAGAAAAAAAAAAAAAAAAUCUCAAGUAUCACUCCAGUCCUACUAGUCAGGGUGAUUUCCAACAAAUCUCCCAGGUGACCUGUAAGCACAGAAGAAAGGAAGUCUGAGAAGCUGAGUCUGUGUAGCCCUACAAGUUUGCUCUGCCUCACCCAUGCACUAAUAAUGAAAACUUGGGGGUUUUUAAAUUGAGUUUUUGUAGUCUAGGCAAAAGUAUCCAGAGCUCACCAUGAGUCACUAUGUAGCCCGGCAGUAACUUUUAAUUGGCCUUUACCAUUACUGCACAUACAUAGUCAUUCUCCUACCCAAUAGUCUGUGUAACCUGCGUGUGUGUGUGUUGUGGGGGAGAGACAUGUGUGAGUGUAGGCAUGCCUGUACCACAGGACACUUCUGGAGGUCCAAAGACAACUUACAGAAGUCAGCGCUCUCCCCACCAUGUGGGCUCCGGGGAUGAGCUUGGGUCAUCAGGCCUGGAGGUAAGCACCUUUACUUGCUGAGCCAUUUCACUGGUCCUGAGCAAUCUUAUUUCUAAUUAAAGUGUGGCUUAAAUAAAGAGCACAGAUCUGAAGUGUGCAAUCUGCUGCUGCUGUAGUCCUAGAGACUGAACCCAGAGCUUCUUGCAUUUUAGGCCGUGUUCUACCACUGAGCCACAUCUUCAACCCUUUGUAUCCUGUUUUCUAAAGGUAUUAUGAAGACAUUCCCGGGGUCCACAGCUUUUUUGUUUCUGUUUUGUUUUGUGGGAGGCAUACCUGUGUGGGUGCCCAUCCAUGUAGGUGCCGAUGAUGCCCACCCCGGCAGUCCAGGAGACUAUGCCAGGUAUCCUGUCUCAUUCCCUUAAAACAAUCUCUCACUGAACCUGGUGUUAGGCAGCUGGCCAGUAAACCCUGCAACUCCAUUGUCUCUGCCUUCCACAAUGCUAGAGUUACAGGCUAACCCUCCUCCAGCCAUGGAUCACCUCUUUUAAAACACAAAACAUGCCGGGCGGUAGCAGCGCACGCCUUUAAUCCCAGCACUCGGAGGCAGAGCCAGGCGGAUCUCUCUGUGAGUUCGAGGCCAGCCUGGGCUACAGAGUGAGUUCCAGGACAGGCUCCAAAGCUACAUAGAGAAACCCUGUCUCAAAAACCCAAAAACAAACAACAACAAAAAAACCAAAACUCAGAUGUGGUGAUAUAUUGUGUCUCCCAAUAUAUUGUGCACCCUAGUAAAACUUAUCUGGGGUCAGAGAACAGAACAGCCACUAGAUUAAACAGAGGCCAGACAGUGGUGGCACACACCCUGAAUCCUUGCAUUCCAGAGGCAGAGAUCCAUCCGGAUCUCCGUGAGUUCAAGGCCACACUGGAAACAGAGCCAGGCAUGAUGGUACACGCUUUUAAUCCCAGGAAGUGAUGGCAGGAAGCAGAAAGGUAUAUAAGGCGUGAGGACCAGGAACUACAGGCUUUUUAACCUUUCCGCUUUUAGCAGCAGUUCAGCUGAGACCCAUUCGGGUGAGGACUCAGAGGCUUUCAGUCUGAGGAUUCCCGGGAACAGGCUCGGAUGAGGAGCUGUCCAGGCCAGGUUGGCUAUGGCUCGUCCUGCUCCUCUGACCCCAGAUAAGUGUAUUGGGGUACACAAUAUAUCAAUCACACUCAGAAUCUUCUCUAAAAUAACAAUUGUGGCACACCCAUUCGAGAUUCCAAGCCCACCCGGUUCCAUGGAACCAGCAAGCGCGGCCCCGCCCUUCGCGGGGGACCUGCCACCCAGAAGUCCGUGCGCCAGGAGACCCCGCCCCGGCGCCCAUCCGACCCGACGGCCGCGCCGGGCCCAACGUAAAGCGUAGGGUUUCGCGACAGCUCAGACUCCACCCCUCCGGCCACAUGUCGCGCAGGUCUUCCGGCCGGACGCCGCGCCACCUCCUCGCGCUGCUUUACGAACCUAGCGCGGCGGCCGCGGCGGCGGCGGCGGCGGCGCCCCGCCUCCUGCCUCCGUCCUCACUUCCCCGCCCCCUCCUGGUUUCGCGUCUCCAAGCCCGUCGCGCCCGCUAUAAUCACGUGAUUGCCUCAUCCGGGUCCUUUGCGUUCUCUCUCCCUCUCCCAACAUGGCGGCCUCAG